AGCAACCUAUGCUAAUGUCUGUACAUAAGAAAGCCUUUCUAGUGUUACAGCUUAGUCGGGAGGACGGCAGUUACAUGGGAGCCUAUUAGAUAACCUAUUUCCCUGUCCCUGGACUCACACAAACAGGGAAUGAACAAUGGAAGACACACAUGGAUAUUCUAGCAACCCAGCCCUGCAAGGUCUUGAAGGCAUGGCGUACAGGAAGGUGCGUGCGGCCCACAAAGGGUCUCUGGAGCGGGAGGAACUGCAGGCAUCCGCCCUGGACCUGGAGUGGGACAUGGAAAAGGAGCUCCAGGACCCGGGACUAGGCCUGGACCGCUUCCAGCUGGAGUGUGUGGAGCAUCGGACCGUGGGUAACUCCAACCGUGCUGAUCCAGACCCAGACCUGGAGCCCAUCCAGCCCUCUGUGUCCGUCUCUCCACACGGUAGGUUUGAGCGGCUGCAGGAGGACCCCAACUACAUCUCCCACUUCACCAGAGCUCCACCCAAGGGCCAGCGGAGAAGCAGCUGCAGCCUGGUCAAGUACCUGCUAGCAGGUGUAGGGCUCUUUAUCCUGGGGAUACUGAUAGGCCACUACGCCCACAGCACGGACAAGCCCACCCCUGAACCCCCCACUGACACAGACCUCCUGGAGGAGCUGCUGAGGGACAUCACAGCUGAGAAGAUCCAGGCUCUGCACAGACCUUUCAUUAGCAUAUCAGACGACAACGAGGAGGCCAGGGCUAAGCACCUGUACCAACAGUGGACAGACCUGGGAUUGACAGACGUCCAGCUGUCCAAUUACAGCGUCCUCCUCAGCCUGCCUGGCCCCUCCUCCAGCAGAAUUGUGGACCGGGCCAGCCACGAGUGUUACCUGCCCAGCGGGGCUCAGUGUGACCCCAGGAACCACAACAACAACCCCACGGCAGACCAACACUUCUCCUACGCUGCCUACUCUGCCACGGGCAGUCUAGAGGCGGUAGUAGUGGAUGUGCAGUAUGGAGGUUUGGAGGACAUAAGAAGAGCCAGAACUACAAUGAAUGUCACCAACCAGAUUGCACUAUUAAAACUGGGACAAGCACCCUUACUUUACAAGAUUUCCAUCCUGGCAGAGAUGGGUUUCGGGGGUGUACUCCUCUACAUGGACCCUUGUGACGGCCCCCGUGACCAGAGUCUGUGGCACAAAGCAUUUGGGGUCACCCUGAACCCUGGGGGAGACCCCUCCACCCCUGGAUACCCCAGUAUUGUGGGGAGUUACAGGGAGGAGUGGCCCAACCUGACGUCUCUGCUGGUCCAGCCAAUCUCUGCCUCCCUAGCCAAAAGGCUGCUCAACAUCCAGUCUGUGGGACUGGGAAGUCCCUGUACUCCUCUGGCCAUGCCUGCUGCCUCAGAGAGGAGGAAGAUACAACUAACUAUUGGAACCCACUCAAUAUACAAGACAGUAAACAAUGUGUGUGGAUACUUGAGAGGAAAGACCAAUCCAGAUCGAUAUGUGCUGGUGGGCAGUCGCCAUGACAGCUGGCAUAAAGGGACAGCAGCUGAUUGGCGCGGCGGCUCUGCCAUGAUGACUCAGAUCAUCACCUCGGUGACCAAGCAGGCCCGGAGAGGCUGGGAACCCGACCGCACCACUGUCUUCUGCUCAUGGGGGGGGUCAGCGCUCGGCAACAUCGGCUCCUUUGAGUGGGGAGAGGAGAACCGGGUGGUGCUGCAGAGCAGGGCUGUAGCCUACGUCAGCCUCCACAGUCCUGUCAGGGGGACGGAGACCCUGCGCUCCACUGCCUCUCCCUCACUGCUCCAACUCACCUCAGACAUCCAGAAGAGGCAGCUGCUGAGCUGUAUUCGAGGUGGAAGCUGCCCUGGACCAAAUGUCAGCUCCCUACAGAUCCCUGGGGACGUCAGCUUCUUUGCCAACCACCUCGCUGUCCCUACUAUGGAGUUUGCAUUUGAACAGACCAAAGCAGAAGAGAAAAGCAGUUUUCUCUCUGAAGCCCUGUUUUCUGCAGAGUCACCGGAGACCUUGGAUCCCCUCUUCAAAUUCCAUGAGACUAUCGCUAAGAUGACAGCAGAGGUCAUUCUUCGACUCGUCAAUGAUCCAGUACUUCCAUUCUAUCCUCUUGAUAUCGCCCUGGAUGUCCAGGAUAAACUCAAAGAUGAUCCCCUGAGGACCCCCAGACUGCUGGCAGCAGCUGCUUCCCUCAGAGAGAGCUCAGCCUUCCUCCAGUCUGAGACCAUGCGUCCAGCCAAUGACCCCAAGGAGAGGGACCCCUCCCAUGUCCGCAUGCUGAACGACGUGCUCCGGGACCUGGAGAAGAGCUUCAUGGUCCCCCAGCCCCCUCCAGGUGUCUACAGGAACCUGUUGUACAGUCUGAAUGGGAAGGUCCCCCAGUUCUCCAUACUGAAGUACCCCCUGGAUCCACUAAAACACAACGCUGUAAACAAGUCUCUGUCACUGAUAAUAAACGCCAUCAAUUCAGCUGAAAAACUCAUUCGCUGUGGGCUUGACCUCUUUGAAAACAGUCCAGAUGACACAAAUUGACCCAACGAAUCCAAUCAGCUAAGGUUAGAGGCACUGUAUGGCUGCACUGCCUAGACCAAUGGUAUCUGCAUACGUGCCUCAGAUACCUAAGUUCACUCUGCACAAUGAAGUGUGGCACUUUUUUUUUUUUACAAAGAGAUCACACUAAAGUAAUAUGAAGAGACCGGGACCCCUUCUUGCACUACUCUUCUUGAGCGCCUACUGUGUUCAGGUUUACCAAACGUUUAAUAAGCAAUGUUGAUUUCUUCUAGAUCCUUCUGGCUGUCAAUGAAAGUGCUGGGCUAUCCAAGAUGUCCUAAUGCCUCAUUUAUACAUGUCUGUCUGGCUGUCUGGAACAACGACAGACAGGCAGGCACGUAUAAACUGAGAACGUGAAGAAACACCGGAACACAGGAGUGAGCUAAAUCUAAAAGACAGAGAGAUUCACAACCACGCAGAGCUUGAUAGAUAAACAUGCAUUUUGAAGUGAGUAAUGCGUCACUGACUACAGCAUGUUUUUACACGAGUGGAUAAACACUAUAAGGCCAGCUGGAUGUAUUUAUGCUCAGAUGCCCUAUUGAACAAUCUCUGCCUCUGUCUAAACAUUCAAACAAAACAUACAGUAUGACACCAUUCCAUGCUCUUAGUUCUGCUGAAAGCACAACAACCCUCUGUUCUGCUCUCAUUGUGCCUUGUGAUUUUCUACAGGCAAGGCAAAUGUGUAUCUAUGACAGAGCAGAGGAGAACAUGUUUGGAUUAUAGUAAGUGUGUGAGAAAUUAGCUAUAUUUACAGAGGCAUGAUUGGUGAGGUAAACAGUGACAGUGGUGUGACAUGGCCUGUUUUGACAGUUGACAUGCUCAACCGUACUUCUUAUACUAGUCAUACGCAUUACCGUCUUGACUGCAGACCCAAGCUGGCUUUAAGGAUGCUUAAAUUUGAUUUGAAGUCCCUGAAAACUGCAUUUUGUAUGAUUCUAUUUUUCAGUGUCUCAUGCACCAUAUGAUUGAAUCCAAUAACCAGCACAGUAAAGUGCUCUCUACCAGAUGUGUGCUUUGAUUGGAUGUUUUUUUCUCUUCUACUUUGAUGUAUUGAAAACUAAUAAUUCAUCUUUGAUAAGGUCUCGUACCCAAAGUGAAAUGUGAUAUCCGUAUUUUUCUAAUAACUGUGAAUUACUUGGAGUCCUCCAAUGAUCAAUGUUAUUAAAAACAGGCAAGUCUCUGCAAUACUUUGAUAUAGAAGCAAUGGCAAUACCAACGGACAAGAGUAGUGUGGUUGUCGACAAAACAAACCUCACUUUCCCUAUUUGUACAUACAGUAAGGAUGGACUGAUGAAGAAAUGUGUAGUAUUACAGUAGCUGUUAUUUGACUCAACUUAUUUGUUAUGCUUUGUUCAUGGUAGACUUCAUGUGUUAUUUUUGCAUGAGCUUUGACAUUCAUUGGGAUGAAUCUUGUCUUUGAGGCAGCGCUGAGCGAUUUCCACUACAAGGGCUUGAGGCAAAGUCAAGAUUGUCUAUAUUAUAUCGUACAAAUUAUUAUAGUUUUUUUUAAAUCACUUUUUGGUCUUAAUUUAAGGCUAGGGUAGGCAUAAGGUUAGCAGUGUGGUUAGGGUUAUGUUUUAAAUAAGAUUUUAUUACAUUGUGGCUGUGCCAGCUAGUGACUACCCUUCAGAGCUGCCUCCAGUACAUCAAACAUACCAAUAAAUGACAACCUGCAUAUUGCAAUUUACGUCAUUUGUUUUGCUUAUUUUUUGAGGGUUUAAGUGAUAUUUUCUUAAUUGCAGGGUUAUGUAAUGCUGUUGUGUCCAUCUCAAGGAUAAAUGUUGAUUUUGAAGGUAGUGGAACUGUCUCCAAAAGCCUCCUAUGCCAAUAGGAGUAAUCCAUUACAAUUAGUAAUCCUUUGUCCAUCAUCAUUAUUGUCAUCAUUAUAAGACAUUUGCACUAGUGAUUGUGUUUUUGAUAACGUUUUUAAAAAUGUGUGAUAUAAAGGUCACUGGAAUUCAUAAUAAGGAUUUAAUGAUAUUUUGUUAAAGAAAUUGUACUUGACUUAACUUUUCAAAAAAAAUGGAAUGGCUAUUUAGGAACACUUCAUUCAGGGACUACAAUAUUAGCUAAGCUUUAAAUUAUGUACGUGCCUUUAUUUGAAAAUCAUGAAUGUUUUAAGAAAGGUUCUUCGGCUGAUGUCAAUAGUACAUGUGUACAUUGUUAUUUUGCUUGAAUAGAGGAAUCUGUUUGAUUUCGAUACCAAAAACGAAUUGUGUGCUGUAUAAAACCCUAUUAGUUUAGGAUUAAUUCAACAACAGUAGGCCUACUACAUUUUUAGUGGCAUGAAAAUAAUAAGAAAUUAUAAAAAGCCAAUUGUCUCAUUCCUUCAAAUUGGUCAAUUAAUAAUCUUCUGAGGACUUCUUCGGAGGACCAUUACAUAACUUUAUUACAGGAUUUGUAUUAAUUUAUUUUAUCAUUAAGAAGUUGACAUUGUUCAUGCAUAGUAGCAUAUAAAAUGCCCUUUGUAAAAGGUGAACAGGUGAAUGUUUUUUUUGUUACAUAAAAUAAGGUUUUUAUAAGGUAACAGCAACAAGCUUUUGGUAUGAGUUAUCUGGAAGCAUGGUAAGUAUGGAAGUAGUUCCAUCAUUCACUGUAGUAUGUAGUAUGAAAUGGCAGAUUGUUAUGCUCCUACUGUACCUCCAAAUAUAGUAGCUUUUAGUUGGACCAUGAGCUUCAAAUAGGCUAUAUCAAAUGUCUUCAAUUGUACAGUUAUUUAUGUGAUGCUUUGUACAAUCAUAUAAUAUUACACACGUUAGAUGUGUUGCAUGAUGUGUUACAUUAAAUACUGCAUUGACUUGCAUGAAUAUUGCAUGUAUUUGCACUAAGCAUCUUGAUUGUGAGUUUACCCAGUCUUAUAUUGUUGUAAAUUGUGAUCAUGUCUUUAGUCUCUUAAGUAAUAGGUAUCAGGGUUUUGGCCACUUGAAAUUCCUUUGGGAUUUGUUUCUUUAAAUUUCUCUUAAUAUGGCUGGUCAAGCAGGAACUAUCAUGUAUUGAAUCCCCAUGUCAUUGGUAUCAUAUGCAAUAAACGCUACAUUGGCAUGA